GUCUUGCAGGUAUGUGUUUGUGUCUUUCAAGCACAUUACUAAAGAAUUGCAAGACUCAUUCAUCUUAGAGGCGAUCACUAACAUUUCUUCAUCUAUCAGGUUGGAUUCAUUGUGACAAUUCCCUACAGAGUUGUGCUCAGUCAUCUAUAUCAGGCAGUCAUUGACAUGAUGUAGACUAAGUUUGCAAUCAGUUCCUGAAGAUGUGGGGAUAUCGUUGGUGUUGGAUGUUGCUGAUACUGGUAAGCUGCACAGGAGAUGUAAAGAGCUCAGCGUUUUACCAGAGGGAUAAAGCAAACAGAGUGCUGAGAGUUCAGAAGCGUGCAAACUGGUUCUGGGAAGAGAUUAAGCCAGGUUCUCUGGAGCGAGAAUGCUAUGAGGAAUCCUGCUCAUUUGAGGAAGCAGCAGAAAUUUAUAAAUCUCCAGAGAGAACGGUAGAGUUCUGGAUUUCAUACAAGAAUAUGAGCCCUUGCAAAUCAACGCCGUGCCAAAAUGGUGGUUCGUGUCACAUCUCAGGCCACAGUUAUGUCUGCCUCUGCCCUCAUUUGUGGAUAGGACAGAAUUGUGAAAGAGAGAAUCUGGAUUGUGCAUAUAAGAAUGGCUAUUGUCAGCAGUACUGCAGCAUUGACAAGGCAACUGGCAGGCCAAAAUGCAACUGUGCCGAAGGUUAUCAAUUGAAUGAAGAUGGGCGGACCUGUGAUAAUGCUGUCAUAUAUCCGUGUGGGAGGAUAUCUCUGCAUAAUACACCAACUCGCUCACUGGACGAGAAACUUUCUCUCAAUGAAACUGACACAGAUUCUGACUAUUUAGCUAAGUUAAAUUACACUGAAGACGUUUGGACACGAAUUGUUGGUGGAGACCUUUGCAGACGAGGUCACUGUCCUUGGCAGGUAUUGAUAAAUAAUGAAUAUGAUUAUGGCUUCUGCGGUGGAACUUUGAUUAAUAGUCGUUGGGUUGUGACUGCAGCUCACUGUUUUGACACAGUAUUGCCAUAUUCAGUUACAGCAGGUGAAUUUGACAAAUUUAAAAUAGAGAUCUGGGAACAGAAGGUUUUAGUGAAGAAAUUUCUAAUUCAUCCUCAGUAUGACCCAAUAGAGUACAACAAUGACAUUGCACUUUUGUACUUGAGUCAGCCUGUGAACUUUAGUUUUUCCAUUGCUCCAAUUUGCUUACCCAACCACAACCUGGGUCAGUUCCUACUGCAGAAUGGGCAAGUGGGGACAGUGAGUGGCUGGGGCUUGACCAGUGAAAGAAGCCGGUCAUCUCAAUUCUUGAGGCGAGUUCAACUUCCAUACAUUGACCAGAAGGUUUGCAUAAAAUCGACCAAUCUCACAGUCACGGAUAAUAUGUUCUGUGCUGGGUACAAAGCUAGCAAUAUGGAUGCCUGUCGAGGCGAUAGUGGGGGACCUUAUGCUGUUUUAUAUCGACAAACUUGGUAUUUGAUGGGCAUAAUUAGCUGGGGUGAGGGCUGUGCUAAAGUAGGAAAAUAUGGCAUGUAUACAAGGGUACCUGGUUACUUGACAUGGAUAAAUGAAACUAUAUCACAUCACAGGCACUUAGAUGUUGAUUUCUGAACAAUCACCAAUUAUCGUGAAUAAUGGCAAAAGUACUGGGUGAUAGGAAAAUCAUCUCAGUAGGUCACAAAAGUAUGAUUUUAACUUUAGUUGGAAGUUUAGUGCAGGUUAGAGGAGGUGCUAUAGUCAGUAUUAUUCGAACUUAGAAAUUUCUGUUUUGGCAUUCACUACUGGUCAUGCUUAAUUCACUCACUGGGUCGUUUCUGUUGAAAAAAUCCUGUGUGUUUUAACAUUGAAACAAAUGCCAUUCAUGUAAAUGGAAAGAACUGAAGCUUAUGGCAAUAAACAAAGUUACCAACCAUGCCUUUGAACAACUCCCCUUACAUUGCAAUCUGAAUUGAAUUGAUGGGCAGCUUUCACUGGCUCUGCAGUAUAAAGCCUAGUAAUGUCAUGGAAUAUCAUUUUGUGUUGCCACAUAUAACAUGGCAGUACAGUGUGCUUUAACUUAGAGCUUCAGUUUAUAAUCUAACACUUACAUGCAUUUUGGAUUGAGAACAAAUAAACUGAUCUGCAAAUA